AUGGACCGCACCACCACCGCGGCUGGCGGCGAUGACGCUGCCACCGAAAGCCUCGUAGACAUGACGAAGACAGCCUCACCGAAAUCAUUCUUAGAGCACCAGCACCACAUCCCCCAGAACCACCGGCACCCGGUACCGCCAUCCAUUCCCCAUCGACGCACCUCGUCGGGCGCAAACUUCUUCUCCAAGCUCCCCUUCAUGCGCUCUCUCUCCGAUGGCAAACAACAACAGCAGCAGCAGCAGCAGCAGCACUACCAAAAUCAUCAGCAUCAAGACGCCGACGAAGACGCUUCUCGCUCCCCGUCCACAUCCAUGUCGACCUUGACCCAGCAGCAGCAGCAAAAGUCGCGACGGAGAAAGGGGUCCCUUAGGAAGGUGGCCUUGCUGGGAAGGGGCGCGCAAAGGGAACGCAGGGAGGCUAAGCAGCUCACCAUUGACACAUCGCACAGCAUCUCUUACAACAUGAACGGCGCCGCAUCCCGAUCAAACGCGAGUCUUGAGCAGGACCCUCUCGGGCUUAACAUAUCGGACCUGACGCCGCGUCCUUCAAUGGAUGGAUACGCAAGCAGGUCAAGCGUCGCGGAUUCCUCUGUACCGCCGUCGACGAGUCCUCCGCGUUCCAACGAGACGGAACCUGGCAUCACUAGUCCCACAAUAUCCUACACCUCUACUACGGACGAAGACGAUGUAUUACACAUAGCAAACCAUAUCCCUUCUCCGUUGGGGCCAGACUUGUCGCUGUCGUCGGGCUCCGAUUCAUACUUCAAGGACCGCUCAAGACGGCGGUCUAUACUACAGGCCAAGUCACCGCUUUCAUAUAGUGGGCUCUCCACGACGCCGUUGCCCCCCAACGAUGCGGAAUGGGAUUACUCGGAGACGGAGUGGUGGGGUUGGGUUGUCCUGGUCGUAACUUGGAUCGUGUUUGUUAUCGGCAUGGGCUCGGUCCUGGGAAUCUGGAGCUGGGCUUGGGACGUCGGGACGACGCCGUACGCUCCCCCGGAGCUCGAGGAUGACCCGACGCUGCCCAUUGUGGGCUACUACCCAGCUCUCAUGAUUCUCACCUGUAUCAUGGCUUGGGUGUGGGUUGUCGUGGCGUGGGUGGGUAUGAAGUACUUUCGUCAUGCUAAGAUCAGCGGGGAGUAA